AUGAGCGAUCGCCACUCCACCACAUUCGCGUACGCUGAUGGUCUCCCAGUGGGCACAGAAGAUGCAGCCGUCACAAGAUCCACCUCUCGGCUGUUCCUGAGUAAUUUCGCGUACGCUGAUGGUCUCCCAGUGGGCACAGAAGAUGCAGCCGUCACAAGAUCCAUCUCUCGGCUGUUCCUGAGUGAUUUCGCGUACGCUGAUGGUCUCCCAGUGGGCACAGAAGAUGCAGCCGUCACAGGAUCCAUCUCUCGGCUGUUCCUGAGUAAGAGAGCUAUCCGUGCUUCAUUUGAACAGAGCCCUCGCUAG